AUGACCAGUUUUCAAAGAAGGCCAUCGCUAUUAUUCAACAACUACGAAAAUGCAAUUACAGCUAGGGGUGAAGAGGAGCAGGCCCAGAGUAUACUGGUUGACGGAAAACUUAACAUUGGUACGGAUCCUAACAAAAUGUCCGUCGACGACAUGGAUAUGAUAUCGCUGUCAACCAGUUUUGACAGGCAGAUGCUGCUUGGAUCACCUAUGUACUUGGAAACUGUGGAAAAUGGGGAGCAGAAAAGUAUGGUGCUGGAGGAUUAUUCAACGCACGAAAGCCAUUGUAGCAAACCAAUCCCGAGUGAUGCAUCGAAUCUGAAUUUGGUAGAUAUCUGCGGAAAUGAAAACCCAUUUGAGAGUAUUGCCAAUUUGCGAAUAAAAUAUAUUCUGGCAAGCUCGCAAGACUCCGGAUCGAAUGCCAAGAAUGACAUUGAAAAAUGGUUUCUAUAUCCAAAGCCGUUGCCUAAAUUUUGGAAAUUUGCGUAUGAUAAGAGGCUGCAAAGCCCUGAGAGUGCAGACUCAGACGAGGAGAUAAACUUGAAAGAACGUCAACGGGAAGGUUACUAUUGCCCAACAAACCAGGAAGAUCAAUAUAUCGAAAAAGAUGAUUCCGGCCCAUCAUCAAAAAUAUUUGGUAAAGUACAUUAUACAGGUGAGUUUUUUGAACUAGAUCACUAUAUCACCAAGUUUGAACAACAUAUCAGACAGUUUAGCUCAUAUCCCUCUUCCUGUAACUACAAUGUCAUUCCGAGCUUCGAGGAAUUCCGUGAAGAUUUUCAUUUUAUUGUCAAGACCUUACAGCGUCCAACAGUGUCUGAGAUGGCUCAAAGAAGAAUGGAUUAUCUGAAAAAUAAAUUUGAGCUAUUUCAGUUAUUGAACUCAAAAGCUGAAAUUUUAGAGAACAAAAGAGUGCCCUUACGGGAUUUUUAUAAUGCAAGAAAAGUUGAUAGAGACCUUUUGCUCAGUGGAUUUGUAACUCAACGCCAAUUAAGUGAGUUCAUAUGGGAGAAACUGAACUUUGAGCCUCAUAGAGUCGUUUAUAGAUCCGACGAUGGGGAUGCCUUCACUUUGAUACAAAUUUUCGAAAAAAGUUGCUCCCCAACUGAACCCUUGGAUAUUGGGCUAAAAAUUAUAAAUGAUGAAUUUUUGGAAUGGUACAAAGAUGUUUAUUUGACAGGAGCACACGUAUUCCCAACCAAGAAUGCUGUAAAAACCUUGAGGGGCAAAGAGUUGCGAUUUCAUUUAUUGGCGAUAACUUUUCUAGAAACUGAUAACUAUAUUGAUGGUGAAUACCUCGCUGAAAUAUUCAUCAAACACUGUGUUCACAUGUUGGAAAAGUCUAAAUACCAGCUUUGCCAAGUUUCAAUAGAUUUCCAGUUUUACGGCGAAGGUGAAACAAGCUGGUGGAUAAAGUUUGCUCAUUGGAUAAUUAGGUGGAAAAUUAUCUCUUAUAAUGUUCGAUGGAAUGUACGAAUAUCAAGAUGUUACUCAAAGCUAAUUUCUUGCGGUAGAAUCAAAAAUUUCCAGGAAUAUUUAAAUCUUAUCUUUGAGCCGCUUUUCAAAAACGAAAAGGUUACGAAUAUAGAGCUGCAAUUUUUCUUAUCAAAUGUCUGCUGUAUGGAUCUGGUGGUUUCUCAAUCUGAUGAUUAUAUCUGGAAAAGCUUUUCAAGCAUUGAUACAGAACCCGUUGAGUGGGCAAGUGGCGAUAAUCCAACAAUAAGUUACUACAUGUAUCAUAUUUACUCUGCAUUAUCUCAACUAAAUGGUAUCCGUCACUGCAAGUAUUUGAACACAUUAUCUCUCAGGAAUUACUGUUCGCCUUUAACCAAUAGAACCUCACAAUUCGAUCCCUCGUUAAAUUUCACAGACCAGGUGGAAUCACUGGUUUGCAAUCUCUUGCUCUGUGAGGCGGGGAUUGUACAGGCUGAGCCACUGUGGCACAGUCCUCCAAUGCUCACCUACCUCUUCUAUUUGUGUCAAAUUCCCAUGAUUGUUGCUCCAUUAUCCUCUGUUUCCGCAAUUGCUGUUCAGAAUUACCAAAGCGAUGUAUGGGCAAAACUCAGACAUGAGCUCCCUUCAACAACUAGAGACAUUACAGAAAGAGAGGAAUCAACUUAUGUGAAAAAUCCAUUCAUGGAUUUGUUCAAAGUAGGAAUGAAGGUGUCGCUCUCUUCAAGUUCUGUUUUAUUCAAUAGCUCCUAUACAGGAGAACCUAUUCUAGAGGAAUAUAGUGUGGCAGCUAGUAUCUACCUGUUGAACGCCGCAGACCUUUGUGAAUUUUCACGUACAAGUGUCUUAUGCAGUGGAUAUGAAGGCUUUUACAAGGCACAUUGGAUAGGUGUAAGUGUUUCCUCAUCACCUUACUUCCGAGAAGAGGUGGGCUUAGUUGAUACUUGGUACGACAAAGAAAAGGAUACUUCUGCCAGACAUAAUGUCCCAUCAAUAAGACGUAUAUAUAGAAUGGAAACUUUCAAUCAAGAAUGGAAUUUCAUAAAAGAACAGUUUCAACUGAAAUGA